AACGGUUGUAGCAGUUGUUAAACCAAUACAUCAGCACAGUAUUUCCUUUCAAGAUGUCAUACACCUGCAGCGAUAAUGGCAAUGAAAGUAUCGAUAACAACAGUAGUGACGACGACAGAAAUAUCAAAAUCACUCAUGACUUUAAUACCAGCAAGAUCUCCUUGAUCAUCACUGCAGUAACACUGUUGCUCCUAUCUGGAUUUACCCUGCGAUAUGCCCUUUCAUUAUAUGAUGCCUCGCUUGCUGGACUGCAUGCUGGUGCUGCACGAUCUUCUGCUACUCAUCCUGGUUCUAAUAUGUCUUUGGUCGACUCCAUACCACAUAGAUCCGUCGGGCCUUUUGAUACCUUCUCAAACGGAACCGAAAACAUGUUCCAUUUUGUUCAGGUGUCUGAUCUACACGUAUCUCGAUUUCGUAGUCAGGGCGGUAUUGCUCAUCUGGACCAUUUCCUCAAUUAUGAAAUGAAUCUCAUUGCCCCAGAUCUCGUUCUUGCCACAGGUGAUCUGACAGACGCCAAAUCACAUAGCACGCUCACGUCUCUUCAGCAUCGGGAAGAAUGGGUUGCUUACCAUACUGCCUUGCAAUCGUCAGGUGUUUUGCGUCGUCAACAAGGACGAUUUUGGUGGGAUCAGCGAGGAAACCAUGAUUGUUUCAAUAUUCCGUCGUUUGAGAGCUCUGAAAAUAUGUAUCGUACCUUGUCUGCAGUCAAGAAUGAAGGGUAUGCCUUUCAUUUGACAAAGGAGUUUGGAGUAUAUUCGUUUAUUGCAAUCGAUGCUUGUCCGGAUGUGGGAGCAACUAGACCCAUCAAUUUUUUUGGAUACUUUGAUACUAAAGAUAUGGAUUUUUUAGCAGGCGAGAUUCUUGCUGGAAAGCGGCUUGGUCACAAUCAUACGUUUGUAAUGAGCCAUUACCCAACAUCAACAACUCUUUUUGGACACACGUCUGAUGACAUUUCAUUUUGGUCUCUCUCUCAGCAUGUUUCAAUUUGGCUUUGUGGACACUUGCACAAACUUGCAGCAGGACUCGGCGAAAUUAUGUAUGCAUUUCAAGGCACUUUUCUUGAACUUGAGUUGGCGGAUCUGAAAAGUCAUGGUGUGUAUCGCAUCGUAGUUGUAGAUCAUGAUAUGAUAUCGUUUCGAGAUUUGUCAAUCUUCACUCCUUUAUUACCCAUGCCACAUGAUACUCCUUUAAUUGCCGAUGCCUAUGUCAGUCUAAGACCUCCUAUUGUACUGGUCACAAACCCCAAGGAUGGCCGAUUUAUUCUUCCAGGUCACGAACCUGUAAGUUUAAUCAAGCAGUCAAAUCACAUUCGUGCAUUGGUAUGGUCAGAACGAGCUAUUGUAUCAGUAGUUGCUCAGAUUGAUGGUAAACCCAUUCUUGCAAACGGUACAUAUCAUGGUGUUGGUAAAGUGUGGAAAUCAUUGCACGACGAAGAUCCAUUUUUGCCGCUUUGGACAAUUCCCUGGACCCCCGAGUUGUUUGACGAUGCCGAGACUCAUAACCUUGUUGUCACUGCUGUGGAUGACGCUGGCGUGGCUUCUAAUCACUCUCUCGCGUUUCGUGUCGAUGGGGAGCGCAUUCCAGAAAUGAGAUCGGGCAUCGGUGGACUGAUUAUUGGAAUGCAGUUUGGAAUUCUAUUCAAAGAUUUGUUCAUCAUUAGCUACAUUCUAGUUUUUAUUGGAUUUUUACUUUUUCCUAAACUAUUCGUUCUUACUACAAAGUACCUGGGAACGUAUGAAACAUGGCGCAGAACCACCUCAGACAAGCUUGUUUCCAGAAACAAGGCAGCUCAGCUGUAUCUCUCCAUGAGCCGCUUUGCUACUCCGACUGAACGAUUGGACCAUAUGCUCAAUGACUUUAUCUUUACAAUUCGUGCAACAUUUUUUCGAUUUUGCGAACUAGCAACAUUUCCAGAUCUUUUUUACCCAUUGUACUUGUUUAAUCUGUAUCUGCUGAUUGGGCCGUGGUUUGUUGGAGCGUUUGUGCCAAGUGCCUCUGUAUCUUCUGGCCGUAGGUAUGGCUGGAUGAUGAUUUAUGGUAUUUGGUUUGAUGACGGAACAUGGACACCACUGCUUGAUAACUGGCUAUUUGCAUUUUAUGGGAUUGUUUAUGCGGUACUUCCACUUGAAUUUUACCUAUCGUUUUGCUGCACAUCACCCGCUUUGCUGUACACACCAGGAAAUCCAAGACAUUUUCGUCCAAUUCAUAGAAGAUGGUACGUACAUUUGAUGGUCGUUCUCACUCUCUUGUACCAUAUCAUAGAUGCCCUAUCCAUGGCAAUUUUCUACGGAGCCAUUAGCGCGAUUGUCAGUCCUGCAAAAACGUGGUUGACACUAUGGGCCAUGGUGAUUCUAUGGCUAUGGCGAGCCGGACCUACAGGGGAUGCUGCACUGGGCUACAUAAACUUGGAUAAUGAUACAUUUAUUGGAAUGCAAUCAAAGGGUGCCGAAGCGGUUGUUGGGGGUCAAGUUGAUCCUGAUGACUACACGAUUGGUGGUAGACAGUUGCGUAUACGCAAAAAUAAGCCAUUGUGAUCAUCCAACUACUUUUGGACUUAAUAUAUAAUUUGCAAGUAAUGGAAUCUUGCUUUGUGCUGCCAAGUUGAUAGCUGUAGAAUAUCUAUUCAACAACUCCUGUUGAUCUUGUUUACCAUCAAGUCUAAUGAAUCUAUUGGAUAUGG